AUGAGAGAAAUGAUGAAGUUAGGUCACAUGAAAUUGGCCACGGAAAGACCAAUGGAAAACCAACCAGUUUAUUACAUUCCGCAUCAUUGUAUUGAAAAAGAUGAUAGAGUGGUGUAUGAUGCCAGUUGCAAAACUGACACAGGAAUUUCUCUGAAUCAAGUGCAAAUGGUCGGCCCAAAGCUACAGAAAGACUUGUAUGAAACGAUCAUGCGCUUUAGGAGACAUAAAAUUGCAGUGUAUGCUGACAUUCAGAAAAUGUUUAAUCAAGUAAAAUUGGACAGACAACAAUGGGAUCUCCAAAGGAUAUUUUGGAGAGAAAAUGAAAGCGAAUUGUUGAGAGAGUAUUGGCUGACUGUGGUCAUAUUUGGAAUGGCAUCUUCAGCUCAUUUGGCUGUACGUUCGGUGAUGCAAGCAGCAACUGAACAAGAGGAGAGAUUGCCAGAAGCGGCAAAAGCAAUUAAGGAAGACUUCUACAUGGACGAUUGUGUCACAGGGUCAGACUCAGUGAAAAGUGCAGUAAAAUUGGCCAAGCAAAUGAACGAAAUUAUGAUUGGAGCAGGGUUUGAGCUAAGGAAAUGGAACUCAAACAACCAAAGAGUGCGAGAUGCUAUGCAAUCGGAUAGUGAAAAGACGAUGCUUUUCAAGGAGGAAGAGGAAUCAACCAUAUUAGGUUUAAAAUGGUUGAUUGAAGAAGAUCAGUUUACAUUUGUAGUGAAAGACCCGAAAUGGGAUAGAGAAGUAACGAAAAGAACGAUAUCGAGUCAUGUAGCACAAGUUUAUGAUCCGAAUGGAUACAUCACACCGAUAACGAUAAGAGACAUCAAGAGCGUUGAAAACUUUAGGAUAGACCGUUGGUUAAGCACUGGGAAAGAAGUAAGCGUUCAAUUGCAUGGAUUUGCGGAUAGUAGCACGCAAGCAUUGGGAGCAAAUGUCUAUGUCCGAGUGGAAGACAUGAAAGGAAGCAUUAAGGUUAAUUUACUGACAACAAAAUCGCGUGUUGCACCGAUCAAGACAGUUUCAUUAGCCAGAUUAGAGUUGACAGCCGCAGAGUUACUAGGCCGUUUGAUGAAGCAAGUAAAAGACACUAUGGAAUGGCAAAAUGUAGAGGAGUUUCUUUGGACAGAUUCAAGUGUCACGUUUUAUUGGAUUCGGAAAGAACCUUGUUUAUUGAAGACGUAUGUAGCGAAUCGAGUUGCAUCGAUACAAGAAAACACAAAAGCAUCAAAUUGGCGUCAUGUAAAUGGGACAGAUAAUCCAGCAGAUUUGCUAACCAGAGGUAUUACACCUGAGCAGUUGAUUGACAAUGAAUUUUGGCUUCAUGGACCAGCUUGGCUAAGUAAAUCGCCAUCGGAAUGGGUAAUCACACGAAUCGUAGGUGAACCGCCCGAAGAAGCAAUGACUGAAGUCAAGGCGAAUUCAAUAACAACGUUCAGGGAGCCAUUGUGCAUUGGAAUAGUAGGUACAAAAACGAAGGUACCACUAUUGGAUUACGUGAGUCAGGCCCGUAAUCAGACGGGUGCUAGAGGAUGCUGA